CUAUCAUUAACAGGUACCAAGAUAUACAAGUACAUGGCUGAUGUCAAUUUUACAUUUGUUACUGAGUUUAUCCUUUUGGGACUGACAGAUCGUGAUGAACUCAAGGUGUUUCUCUUCAUAUUGUUCCUGUUGAUCUAUGCUGUCUCUUUGGUAGGGAAUGUAGGAAUGUUCUUACUGAUCUACAUAACGCCUAAACUCCACACACCUAUGUAUCACUUUCUUAGCUGUUUGUCGUUUGUGGAUGCAUGGUAUUCUUCAAUAUUUGCCCCUAAAAUGUUGUUGAACUUCUUUGUUGAAAGAGAGAUUAUCUCAUUCUCUGCAUGCAUUCUGCAAUAUUUUUUGUUUGUAUCACUGCUUACCACAGAGGGAUUUUUGCUGGCUGCAAUGGCUUAUGACCGAUAUGUAGCCAUUGUGAACCCAUUACUAUAUACAGUGGCUAUGACUAAAAUGGUUUGCAUUGGACUGGUGUUGGGCUCAUGUAUAGGAGGUUUAAUCAAUUCAAUUACACAUACAAUUGGCUUAAUGAGGCUGUCUUUCUGUGGGUCAAAUGUCAUUAGUCACUUCUUCUGUGACCUUCCUCCCCUGUUGAAGCUGUCCUGUUCAGACACCUCCAUGAAUGAACUGUUGCUUUUGGUCUUCACCACCAUCAUUGCGAUGAUUACCUUCUUGACAGUGAUGGUCUCCUACAUCUUCAUUGUUGCUGCUAUCCUGAGGAUCCGCUCAGCAGAAGGCAGACACAAAGCCUUCUCCACCUGUGCUUCCCACCUGACAGCUGUCACUUUGUUCUAUGGCUCCAUCAGCUUCAGUUAUAUUCAGCCAAGCUCCCAGUACUCCUUAGAGCAAGAGAAGGUGGUGUCUGUAUUCUACACCCUGGUGAUUCCCAUGUUGAACCCACUGAUUUACAGUUUAAGGAACAAGGAAGUAAAGGAUGCUGUGAAAAGAGUAAUGGAGAUGAAACAUUUCUCUUGUUGA